UUUGGCACGCCCCAGCGGGGGUUCUAAGCUGAAAGGGUUCAUUGUGUCGGGUACUGAAUGGAGACUUUGCUGUUUAAUGUGUGGAUGUCGAACUCCGUCUGUUGUAGCCACGGGCAGGAUUAACUAGCCAGCUCGCCGCACACAAUCGCGCACGGCCGUAUGUGAAUCAUGCACACUAUCGCAAAUAGCGCAAACUGGGAGUGGAGCGUUUAUUGUGCGCGAUACGGGUAGGGAUGCGGUGGUGGUGAUCCGCUGUGAACCUGUGCAUUGUUCCACCGUGGAAAGAUGAAUGGAGAGACCGACAAAAAUCACGGAUUAACAAUGUAGUAGUGCUUUUGUGGGAGUCACGCAUUGGAUAUCACGUUCUGCAGAUUUCUGAUUUCGCAUCCGUGGGAAGUGACCAGACUUUAAUGUGAUUGUGACAUUCAUUCAUCGUGGAUUUCUCCACUCGACUUGUAUUUUCUGGAGGAAUCGGUGGGAAAACGUGUUUCUGUCUGUAACUGAGGAAAACAGCGGACAAUAACAUGGGGAACGCGGAGAGUAUGGAUGCUCAGCUCACCGACUUCAGGGCGAGGAACAAGCCCCCCAAACUACCUAUGCCAGACCCUGCAGAAUUGGAGGAGAGAUUCGCAAUUGCCUUGAAUUCAAUGAAUCUGCCUCCUGACAAGGUGAGACUACUGCGGCAGUACGACAAUGAGAAGAAAUGGGAGCUGAUAUGUGAUCAGGAGCGUUUUCAGGUGAAGAACCCCCCACACACAUAUAUCCAGAAGCUCCGAAGCUUUCUGGAUCCUGCUGUUACCAGGAAGAAAUUUCGGCGGAGAGUGCAGGAGUCGACCCAAGUGCUCCGCGAGCUGGAGAUCUCCCUGCGAACCAAUCACAUCGGCUGGGUGAGAGAAUUCCUGAAUGAGGAGAAUAAGGGUCUGGACGUGCUGGUGGAGUAUCUGUCCUUCGCUCAAUAUGCUGUCACGUUUGAUGGUGAUGCUCCGGAGGGCAAUCCGGAGGUUUCUGUGGAGACUCCAUGGAGUCGAUCCAUUGAGGAUCUCCAUGGUGACAGUAACCUUCCCUCUCCAGUUAGUGGCAGCAACAUACCUCGCUCCACCCGUCACUCUUUGAGUAGGUCCAACACCCUGCCAAGCCGCAGGACACUGAAGAACUCCAGACUGGUGUGUAAGAAGGACGACGUGCACGUGUGCAUCAUGUGCCUGAGGGCCAUCAUGAACUACCAGUACGGUUUUAAUAUGGUCAUGUCCCAUCCACACGCUGUGAACGAAAUUGCUCUGAGCCUCAACAAUAAAAAUCCCAGGACUAAGGCUCUGGUGCUGGAGCUGCUGGCCGCUGUGUGUCUAGUGCGUGGGGGUCAUGAGAUAAUCCUGGCUGCCUUCGACCACUUCAAGGAGGUGUGCUCAGAGUCGCAGAGGUUUGAGAAACUAAUGGAGCAUUUUAAGAAUGAGGACAACAACAUUGACUUCAUGGUUGCCUGCAUGCAGUUCAUCAACAUAGUUGUGCACUCAGUUGAGGAUAUGAACUUCAGAGUGCAUCUGCAGUAUGACUUCACCAAGCUCUCACUGGACGAGUAUCUAGAGAGGCUGAAGCACACGGAGAGUGAUAAGCUGCAGGUGCAGAUCCAGGCCUACCUGGACAACCUGUUCGACGUGGGCACACUGCUGGAGGAUGCCGAGACCAAGAACGCAGCGCUGGAGCGUGUUGAGGAGCUGGAGGAGAACGUGUCUCAGCUGACCGAUAAGCUUCUGGACACUGAAAAUGAGGCCAUGUCCAAGAUCGUGGAACUGGAGAAGCAGCUGAUGCAGAAGAACAAGGAGCUGGAGUCCACUCGAGCAGUGUACCGAGACGCCAGCUCACAGGUGCACACGCUGCGGCGGAUGGUGCGCGAGAAGGACGAGGCCAUCCAGCGGCAGAGCCGUCUGGAGAAGAAGCUGACGGAGCUGGAGCGCCGCAGCAGCCUGCAGAUCACCCAGCGGGGCGAGGGCGACGGCGAGGGCGGAGACUCCAGUGGCAGCGAGGGCGGUGCCUCCACCUCCUCCAUCGCCUCCUCCUCCUCAGCCGCCGCCGCCUGUGCCGCCACCUCCUCCACCUUGCUCCCCUCCCCGCCACCCUCCCUGCACGCACUCAUGACGUCCCCAGUGCCGGAAUGUUCCGGAUUAGGGGGAGCGGGUGGAAUGGGGCUGUACGGUCCUGGUGAAAGUGGAGGGCUACCGCAGGGCGCUCAUGGAGGCAGACUGACCCCUGGUCCUCCGCCACCUCCACCACCUCCUCCACCACCUCCACCCAUGCCUGGCUCCGGGGGGAUGCCCAUACCCUCAUUUGGUCAGAUCGUACAAAACGGGCCGUCAGCAGCUGCUGCUGCACCUCCUCCCCCACCUCCUCCUCCUCCUCCCCCUCCUCCACCUCUCUCUGGCCACUUGGAGAUCUCUGCUCCCCUGCCUCCCCCUCCUCCCCCUAUCGCACCCCCUCUUCCUGGCUGUGGUUCCCCCACGGUCAUCUUCAACUCUGGACUCACAGAUGGACCCAUCAAGCUCUUCUCCGUUAAGAUCAAGAAGCCCAUCAAGACCAAGUUCCGGAUGCCAGUGUUCAACUGGGUCGCCCUUAAACCCAACCAGAUCAAUGGCACCGUCUUCAAUGAGAUUGAUGACGAGCGCAUUCUGGAGGACCUGAACGUGGAUGAGUUUGAGGAGAUGUUCAAGACCAAGGCCCAGGGUCCGGCAGUGGACAUGACCUUGAGCAAGCAGAAGGCCCCACAGAAGGGGCCCAACAAGGUGUCACUGCUGGAGGCCAACAGGGCCAAGAACUUGGCCAUCACCCUGCGCAAGGCAGGCAAGAGUCCAGAGGAGAUCUGCAAGGCCAUCCACACGUUCGACCUGCGCACGGUGCCCCUGGACUUUGUGGAGUGCCUGAUGCGCUUCAUGCCCACGGAGGCGGAGGUGAAGAUGCUGCGUCAGUACGAGCGCGAGCGGCGGCCCCUGGACGGCCUGACGGACGAGGACCGCUUCAUGAUGCUCUUCAGCAAGAUCGAGCGGCUGCCACAGCGCAUGAGCAUCAUGGCCUUCAUGGGCAACUUCACCGACAGCAUGCAGAUGCUCACACCGCAACUUCAUGCAAUCAUUGCUGCUUCAGUCUCCAUCAAGUCUUCGCAGAAGCUGAAGAAAAUUCUGGAGAUCAUCCUGGCCCUGGGGAACUACAUGAACAGCAGCAAGAGGGGAGCUGUCUACGGAUUCAAACUACAGAGUCUGGAUCUGCUGCUGGAGACCAAGUCCACGGACAGGAAGCUGACUCUGCUGCACUACAUUGCCAACGUGGUGAAGGAGAAGUACCCCGUUGUGUCUCUCUUCUACAACGAGCUGCACUACGUGGAGAAAGCUGCCGCCGUGUCCCUGGAGAACGUGCUGCUGGACGUGCGAGAGCUGCAGAGGGGCAUGGACCUGACGCGCCGCGAGUACAGCAUGCACGGACACAACUCCCUCCUCAAGGACUUCGCCCACCACACAGAGGGUCGCCUCAAGAAGCUGCAGGAUGAUGCUCGCAUUGCCCAGGACGCGUUUGAUGAUGUGGUGAAGUUCUUUGGAGAGAGUGCCAAGACCAUGCCACCUUCCGUCUUCUUCCCCGUGUUUGUUCGGUUUGUCAAGUCUUACCGGCAAGCGGAUGAGGAGAACGAGCAGAGGAAGAAGCAAGAGCAGAUGAUGAUGGAGAAACUUCUAGAACAAGAGGCCAUGAUGGAGGAGCAAGAGGACCAGCAGUCACCAUCUCACAAGGGCAAGCGUCAGCAGCAGGACCUGAUCACUGAGCUGAGACGCAAACAGGGCAAAGACAGCCGCCACGUCUACGAGGGCAAAGAUGGCGCCAUCGAGGACAUCAUCACAGUGCUGAAGACUGUCCCAUUUACGGCGCGAUCAGCCAAACGGGGCUCGCGCUUCUUCUGUGACCCCGCCCACAACGAGGACUUCCACUAUUAGCCUAAAACAAAAACCUCUCCUCCUCCUCGUCAACAAGGUCUGCGCAGCCAGCCCUAUAGACGGAUGGAUGGCAUCCGGAGGAGCAUGAGGAAGAAGUUAGAGGAUCAACUGCUGCAGGCCCUCAGUAUGGAGGUGACCACCUAACUACUGAACACAAACAGGAGGAGGAGAGGAGGGGGCCAGCAGAAUGGUGCUUCUCUCCCUUUCUGAGGGACAUCUCUCAUCAUCUCAUUUUAAAAUCACUGUUUCUGGACUAUUAGCAAGCAGUGAGGAUGUAAUAUAUUUUUUUUUGUUUUGUUUUUAUGGGAUACCUUUGCCUAGUCAGUCUCCAUACCAAGGUGUGGUGCUGGGGUGGGGUCUUGGCACUACAAGAGACUUGGCUGCUCCAGUGUAAUUUUUUUUUCCCAUCAUUGCCGUCCAGUGUUGUCAGUCUCUUUUGUCCUGGAGCGAGGCUCGAGUGCCCAACAUGCACUUUUUACAGACUUUUAUUCGUGCGUAUUAAUCUGCAUUCACGUCUUAACCUGUUGAGGAGUGAAUUAUUUUCCUCUUUUUUUCUAGAAUUCUACGCAAACAAUCUAUAGUUUCAGUGUUCCUUAUACAGUCUAAGGGAAAAAUCUCUGAGGGUAAUUGUGACAUCAUAAUGUGGAACUCUCGGUUCGCGAACAUUCUAAUCACAUAUUUGUGACCGUACUCCUCAACAGGUUAAAGAAGAAAGGGGUGUGCAUCAAGUCAACAUACUGGAAUAAGAAGCUCUAGAGAGAGAAAACUGUUCUAGACUCCUGGAGUGAAUUUGUGAAGGCAUGGCCAUCCCGCGUGCUAAAAAAGAAAAAAAGAAGUAUGCAUUUCAUUUGUGACACUGACUGUUGUUUUCUGCUGGUUGUGUUCAAGUGAAUGAACGUCGUCGUGAAGAGUUCAUUCUUUUUUUUAAAUUAGGAAGUAAUCGUGUGAAAGAACAAAAAAAAAAUGAUUUGUAAAUGUACAUAUAUUUUGCUACGAAAGUCGAACAUCUUAUUUUUUACAUCGUCCAUCCAUUGUAAUACUGUAAAUACCCACGUGAGCCAAACUAACACCUUCCCUUACGAUCCCUGUUCCUUUUUUUAAGUUAUGAUGUUUGAGUAGAUUUUAUUUAACACUGUGGUGAAGACUGCCUUGGACCAACCUCGUAUGAAAAGUGUAUCCACCCGUUUCUGACCUUUGACUUUUGACCGUUGACCUAACAUCACUCUUUUCACUCGUCACUCCUGUAACAUGUGAUAGAUUUGUCUGCCAUUUGCACGUUAAUCCACUGAAAAACCUGAAUGGACACCUAAGUAGCACACGUUCCUUUUCUACCUUGAUCCUAUUCUGCUAAACUGGAAUCCCUGAUCUUUCAAUGGCUAUCAUCAAAUAAAAAUAACAAAUACUGUCACUUUA